AGCAACGUCAAAAUGAAAGUGAAAAUAGAAAAUGGAAGAGACAGCGGUAAAGUUAACGGUUAAGUUGAAAACAAGUGAAACCAAACAAUUUAUAAAAACAUGUGACGUCAAAAAUUCUACUGUAACCCUCAAUAGUCUGCAUGAAAACUGUGCUGCAUUACAGAGUGAAGUUAAUGGUUUCCUUACCACGUUGGUUGAAGAAGAAAGAAGUGUUUCGAAUGUAAACAGCGACUCCAAAAUGGACGAAUCAAUUGAAGAUGAGGAUUCGAGUGAAGACGAUGAGGAGGAAGAGAAAUGUUCUGUUAACUCCAACGGUCCAUCUGCCAAAAGACUGAAACAGUGACUGAAAAAUGGAAGACAUUACCAUCUCAAUGAUCAUAUCAUCAUCAUGCAUUGUAAAAUAAAACCAUGUAUUCCUCAGAAA